AUUGGGCCCCAACCAAACCUGAUCCGAGACGCACUCACUGACUCAGCUUGCAGCAUUGCAAAUACCAUGCACAUGGCCUUGUCCCUUGAAUGCUUGAUCAAUCAUCACAUUUGAUCGGAUGCCCCUCGUUCCCUUCAGGCUUCAGCUAUAUAUCAGAGUCGAGUGACCUCCAAAAGCCAUCACCCACAGCUCCACAAACAAAGCACUGCAAACUCAAAUCAACUCUCCAGUUUCCAGCUGAAAAGGAAGGAGAGAGAAAAAGGAACUGACCAUGAUCAGCACCAAAAGGAUUGCUCUGCUGUCCAAGCAAUGGCAGAGGAUGGCUGCACUGGGUAGGAAGCAGCUCGCUUGGCGGACGGCAAAGGAAGCCAAUGAGUGCUGCACCUCUGUGGCAGGCAAGGGUCACUGCGUGGUGUACUCAGCCGAUGGGAGGCGGUUCGAGGUGCCACUGGUGUAUCUUGGCACGACAGUCUUCGCGGAGCUCCUGCAAAUGUCCCAGGAGGAGUUUGGCUUCGUGAGCGAUGGGCGGAUCACCCUUCCUUGUGAUGCUGCAGUCAUGGAGUAUGCCAUGUGCCUGCUCAGAAGAGGCACCUCAGCAGAAGUAGAGAAGGCAUUUCUGAGCACCAUGGCAGUUUCAUGCCACUAUGCAAGCUUUGCAGCAUCAUCUCUUGGAAUUAGCCAGCAAGUUUCUGUUUGCACCUCCUAAAUGUAUGUAUAGUUAUAUAUUGGUAGUAGGAAACAGAAAAGGAUGUUAUGUAGAACCCUUGACCCUGCAAGCAAGCAAGGAAUAUAUAGCAAAGUAGAUUAGAUAAUGAUUGAUCACAUUCUUAAUAACUUACAUUAUGACGCAAACAAGUUUCUUCUAA